AUGGAACAGACUAAUAAGGCGCAUCGACAGUCGGGGGAGAGAAAUACCGCCAAGAAGAAGUUGCACCAGGGCGGGCACAACGCUAAGGCGUUUGCGUUCAACGCGCCGAUGAAGUUGCAGCGCGCUGCGAUGAGAACCAACGACGUGAACGAAAAGAAGUUACACGUGCCAAUGGUGGACCGCACACCGGACCAGGACCCGCCGCCAGUGAUUGUGGCAGUUGUGGGGCCACCUGGGACCGGUAAGACCACCCUCAUCAAGUCUUUGAUCAAGCGGUUGGCAAAGACAAACUUGAAUGACAUCAACGGACCGGUCACUCUUGUGAGUGGUAAGAGACGCCGUUUGACUAUAAUUGAGGUUGGCAACGAUCUCAACUCGAUGGUAGACGCGGCCAAGAUCGCUGACUUGGUUUUGUUGAUGAUUGACGGUAACUUCGGGUUGGAAAUGGAAACCAUGGAGUUCCUCAACGUGGCGCAGCACCACGGGAUGCCGCGAAUGUUGGGUGUGUGCACCCAUUUGGAUCUCUUCAAGUCUCAGUCCACGUUGCGCUCUUCCAAGAAGCGCCUCAAGACGCGUUUCUGGACGGAGGUUUACCAGGGGGCCAAGCUCUUCUAUCUCUCGGGUGUCAUCAACGGGCGCUACCCGGACCGUGAGAUCCUCAACCUUACCAGAUUCAUUUCCGUCAUGAAGUUCAGACCGUUAAAGUGGAGAAACGAGCAUCCUUACAUGUUGGCUGACAGAGUCACGGACCUCACACAUCCAACGUUGAUCGAGCAAAACCCGAACUGCGACCGAAAGAUCGCUAUUUAUGGCUACUUGCACGGAACGCCAAUGGCUCAGGCGAACGCGCGUGUGCACAUUGCCGGUGUCGGCGACUACACCGUACACAGCGCCGAGAGGUUGCCUGACCCAUGCCCAACGCCGUAUUACGAGCAAAAGUUGGAGGAGAUCGAGCGCGAAGCCGCGAAAGCGGCAGCCGCCGCAGGCGAAGCGGUGGUCAAGACAAAGACCCGCAGAAAACGGUUGGAGGAUAAGCAGAGGAUUAUCUACGCUCCGAUGUCGGAUGUUGGUGGUGUUUUGGUGGACCGUGACGCGGUUUACAUCGACAUGGGCGAAACUGAGUCGUUUGUGCCGGGUGAAGAGCGUGGAUUUGGCGAAAAGUUGGUCACCGGCUUGCAGGAGGUGACCAAAUCGAUGGAAGAGAUGUUCGACGAAGGCCCGGGCUUGCGUUUGUUCUCUGAGUCUAAGGAAUUGGGUUCCAAGACACUUGCGCCCGAGGAUUCCGACGACGAGGCCGGCUUGUUGUCUGAGCUUGAGUCUGAGGAGGAGGAAGAGGAUGAUGUUGCCCGUGUGAACACCGGGAGAACCUCUAUGAGACAGGCUCGUGUGGUGGGUAAGCCAUUAAAUGAGGAAGAGGAUAACGACAUGGAUUCAGACGACUUUAACGAUGAGGAGGAAGAAAGUAGAGCCAAGACUGAAGUUGUCGACUUUGGCGGCCAGGAAGAGUUGGCAUACGCUUCUGAUUCUGACUUGGGCGACGACGACUUUGUGGGCGCAGCCACCAGAUUGAGGGGUUCCGCCCAGAGAAAAUGGAAUCUCUCCAAAUUGAUCUACACCGAGGGACUCGAGCCAGGCGAGGCGCUUCGCAAAUGGAAGCAGGAGGAGGAAGAGGAAGAAGAGAAUAUUGAGGAUGACGAGGACGAUUUCUUCCAGAAGAAGGAAACCGCGGCCUCGAAUGCCGAUUUGGACACGUUUGUGCCGUUUUUUGACGAUUUACAGACGUUGAAGGAGAAAUUUACGACCGAGGCGAUCGAGGCGUUAAAGAGUCGAUUCUUUGCCGUUUCCAAGAAGCCGAGCGGAGAGGCUAGUGAUGAUGAGAUAUUUGGGGACUUUGAGGAUUUGGAAACCGGUGAAUCUAAGAAGGAAACUUCCAGCUCUGACUCCGACGCCGACUCUAACGCUGACUCUGAUGAUUUUGCUGACUUUGAUGCCGAAGAAAAGAAAGAAGAGGAAGAGGAAGAGGAAGAGGAAGUUGAUCAAACUCUCACUGUCGAUGAAAAACGUGCACUCAACGCCAAAAAGAAGGAAAAAUUGCGUUUGCAGUUUGAAGCCGAACAGGGUGACACCUUUGGCGAGGAUGAGGGUGAGUACGACACAUGGUACGAGUUGCAGAAGGCAAAGAUGGCCAAGCAAUUGGAAAUCAACAAGGCUGAGUUUGAGGCGAUGGAUGGUUCAACCAGAGAGAGAAUUGAGGGGAUCCUCGCGGGUUCAUACGUCCGCCUUGUAUUCAACGACGUUCCGCCUGAGUUUAUCGAAAACUUUAAUCCAAAGUACCCAGUGGUUAUCGGUGGCUUACUCGCCACCGAGGAGCGUUUUGGCUACCUCAACGUGCGUAUCAGACGCCACAGAUGGCACAAGAAGAUCUUGAAGUCGAACGACCCAUUGAUCUUGUCCUUGGGUUGGAGACGCUUCCAGACGCUUCCAGUCUACACGACUUCGGACUCCCGUACCAGAAACAGGAUGUUAAAGUACACUCCGGAGCAUGCCUACUGUACGGCCACGUUGUACGGGCCGUUAGUUUCGCCUAACACGACGUUCUGUGGUUUUCAAGUGGUUGCCAACAGCGACACCACCGGGUCUUUCAGAGUAGCGGCCACGGGUAUCGUUGAGGAUUUGAACUCGUCGGUGGAAAUUGUCAAAAAGUUAAAGUUAGUGGGUUACCCUUACAAGGUCUACAAGAAUACGGCCUUUAUUAAAGACAUGUUUUCCACGUCUUUAGAGGUGGCAAAGUUCGAAGGGGCAUCGAUCAAGACCGUUUCGGGGGUCAGAGGUGAGAUCAAGCGUGCCUUGUCCAAGCCAGAGGGCCACUACAGAGCCACGUUUGAGGACAAGAUUCUUUUGUCCGAUAUUGUGAUGUUAAGAACAUGGUACCCAGUUGCCGUCAAGAAGUUCUACAACCCGGUUUCGUCCUUGUUGUUGUCCGACAAGGCGGACUGGAAGGGAAUGAGAUUGACAGGUGCCAUCAGGGCUGCCAACGCCAUUGCCACACCGUCCAACCCUAACAGCGCCUACGGUAAGAUUGAGAGAGCUGAGAGACGUUUCAACCCAUUGCGCGUACCAAAGGCAAUCCAGAGCGACUUGCCAUUCAAGUCGCAGAUCAGCGCCAUGAAGCCACAAAAGAAGCAGUCCUAUAUGGCCAAGCGUGCUGUGGUACUUGGCGGUGACGAAAAGAAGGCCAGGGAGUUGUUGCAGAAGGUUGCCACCGUCAGAAAGCUGAAGGAUGAGAAGCGUAAGGCCAAAAAGGGCGAAAAAUUCCAGGAAAAGUUGAAAAAGAUGGCCAAGAUGGCGGACAUCAGAACCGAGAAGGAGAAGGAACGCAAGAAGGAAUUCUUUGCCAAGGAGGGCAAAAAGCGCUCGAUGGGUUCUAGUGAGGGAAACUCCGAGGCCUUUGGUAAGAAGAGGAGAGCAUACUAAAGAGUAUUUUACUAAACUUUGAACAUGGAAGUUUAAGACUGUAGCGGCUGUCACAAAUGGUUGUAGAGGUUGCG